CUUGUCUUGAGUGAGCAACUCUCCUUAAUCUGUAGCUGUCUUAUGUUGGCCCGUUGGCUAAUCUCGUCAAGGCAACAAUUAGAUUCGAUACCGAACUACGACCGUUUCUAAGUCUGUCGUUUCGCACGAGCCAACGUUAGGUUUGUAACGGUGCAAACUUAAGGAGGCCCUUUCAAGUAGCUCGCAGGCUACAAACAUAAUGAUGUUGCCUCUAGUCAAUCGGCUUGCUAUGAGGCGACGACCAAACCGGCCCCCCAACAACAACAACGAUACAAGCACCCCACCAGACGAGGAUAACAAGGACUCUUCCCCGGAAGGCGACACAUACUAUCCCAGUUGUUUCGAUGUUUUGAAGGUUCGGUAUCUACUACAGCACAUCUGGCAAUGGACUAGGAACUCGCAAGAGUUGCUGCCAGCUGAAAUUGUAGAUAUGAUUGUGGACGCAGCCGAGUAUUGGGCUUCUUCUGAGUCCGUCCUGGAAGGAGAGACUGUUAUCAGGAAAGAUCAGGAUCAGAAUAUUCUAACGACGGUACCUCUGUGCUAUGAUGUGCAGACCUUGAAUACUCCGUCUCCAAAGCCUUUGCCCCAUCGGACCACUCAUCCAUGCCGCCAGAUCAUCUUUACUAUUGAAUCUCACGAUCAGGGAUGGGGUGGCGGCCCAGGAUCUCGCGGCCAAUACGGGGGCUCUUAUUCGUGGUUUGAUACCGAAGUCAUUCACUCAGCACAUCAGAAGCGAGAUGCAAAUAAUCAGCCUCCACCACAGGGUCCAUUCCAUUUUGGGCCCGACCAUCCUAACUUGCUGCCAACGGCUCAUAAGCUACAGUCGAAUAAGACGGCCGUGCCAGGUUCGCAAAAGCAUACUAUUGUUUGGCACUACCAGGAUGAUAUCGCUCCGGACUCGAGUGAAGCGGAGGAAAUUGAACGAACUCAGGGACGGGGACGAGCCACGCUGGAUGGAAGCCAAGUACGCAGUCUGGAGAUUGGAGAUGCGAUUGCUGUCUGGGGUCGGGCACGGUUUGGAGGGUGGUCGAACCAUGUGCAGCGAGUGUCAGUGCGGGUGUUUUGGGCGGUCUAAUGCGGGGAUCCUAAGUCAGCAGCAUCUUUAGAGUGCACGGUGCAGAACUAGAAACAAGUAAAUCUCUGAAUAGCAGUAAGCAGAUAUGUAGUUAUGAA